AGUGAGAGAGAAGGGGAGAGAGAAGUGAAUGAAUGACUGAACGACUGAACGUGUGAUUCGUCUCUAAUUAUGUCUCUCUUUACUAACCACUGAUUGUGUCGUCGAUUCACUCAUUAGACCCAAAGUCCUCAUGAAAUAUGAGUUUAGACACUCUUCUGGAGGCCGCGGAGUAUUUGGAUCACAUCCAGAAGACAGAUUCAAGCGAUGAUCAAAAGCAUAACAUCGGAACCGAUAGUUACGACGACGAGGAAGUGGUGGAGCCAUUGGCUACAUAUCACCUUCGAGUGGAUCCAAAUGUGCCGAUCAGUGUCCAGUUCCACACGUAUACGGCGUGUGCGGCGGCGACUCAGCCCAUGUCAGCGAUGGCCACAUCGGACGGAUGGACGACGACAUCCAUUACAAGUACAAAACGAAAUGCUCACCAAAAUGUCGGACAUCUUAUUAUGAAUGAUAUGAACGCGAGUUCAACAAUAAGGCCAGCAAUGAAUGCAAACUUACCGAUGAAUGGCGUCAAUGGUAUGAACGCUAACCACAAGAAUAAAGACCAUUCUUCGUAUUCACGACACCGAGAGAUGCAUAAGACUCUGGAGAAGAACAGAAGAGCGCAUCUGAGGCACUGCUUCGAAGUGCUUAAAGAGGAACUUCCGGUCAAUGAGUACAACGAGAAGAAGAGUUCGCACAUCAAUAUAAUCAGUUGUGCCAUAAGGUAUAUCCAACACCUCAAGAGAACAGAGUCUGAACUCAAUCACCAGACGGAACGACUGGUCCGCACAAAGAUGCGGUUCCAGAACCAAAUCGCACAACUCAGGGAUGACCUCAAAGACGUGGUCAUCGGCUCCCGCAUCCACACCAUUCACACCACAGACCAGAACAGCUCUGAUCUCUAUUCAGACGACAAUUGUCUUCAAUUUGAACACCAAUUGGAUGAACAAAGCGAUGAAGAGGUGAUCAUAGACUUGGAAACUGGCGAAGAAUGCUAUGACGACGAGACGACUACUACUGCCUCAGAGUGUGCGGAUGACAUCCGAGAGACCGGAAGCGCAUCUAAACUGAGCCGAUCGCUGGCCAACGCUAUUGUAUACAAAUGUCACGCAUGACUGACGCGAUUGGCUUUAAAACUAUUGGUCCCACCAUUUGUCUCAACCGAACGUCUCAUCGAUUUCUAUAUUAACGUAUUAUUCGGUGGGCUUUAAGUGAUAUAUAUUUUGAAUUUUAUUUCUAAAAUUC